AUGCCAAAACCCCUCUGGAAGUGGCGCUACGAGCAGAAGGAGGAGUUUCUCCAUGCCAUGUACCAAGGCCUCAGUCAUCUGGGGCCUAGGUAUAUCACCAACGAACUUGAGGAAUUUGACCUCCACCCGAUGGACUUCUGGACUGGCGACACGGACCCAUCAUUCAUCCCGUACUUUUUUCCAGACACGGAGACCACCUCCAAAAUCGCCAAUACCAAUAUCAAUCCCGAGGACCGCCUAGACGACCCGUUCACCUGGGCACGGGAGAUGAAGAGCCACGAAGGCCUUGACUCCCACAAGUUGCAUCAUGCCCUCUACGCGGCGUUCUCGAAGUAUCUCCGCAAAUCCCCCGGCGGCAAGCACCAGUCCGCGUGGUGGGAUGCAGUUUCCAUGAAGGAGGGUAAAUCCCUCUUCAACAGCAAUGACCGGCACGGCUUCACUAUUCAAAGUGGAGCACGGUGCGUCGAUGCGAAGUCAUCGCAUCAACUGGUUGUUAUGAAAAGCAACCAGUUGUGCCACGAGACCCUCCCGUCAACUGGAGAGGUCGUCGUCCUGCUGCGGUGGAUGCUUGAUGCUACCAAAAAGCACAAGCGUCUUAUGGGACGCCAUCACCGCCAAGAGCAGAAGCAGUAUGACUUCCCGACCAUGGUCAUCUCCUUCCUCCCAGAUGCCAGAGUCCGCAUCCUGCAUGCAGCAUGGGCACUGGACUUUGACACGGAGGAUUACGCCGAGAAGAUGGACAUUCUCCUUCAAUGGGCUUGGCCCGAGGUGGAAGGUGACACCACCAAGCCCAUCCGCUUCGACUCGUAA